UAAGUAAUCAUUCGAUCUGUUCAUUUCCGCCCGCUCUUUCCCUCUCAAAUAAAAUCCUAACUUCUCGUCGUUUCAUUCCUCCGAUCAUUUCUUAUCCCCAAACCCCAAAUUCAAGAAAUUUUCGUGCCGUGUGAGUGGCGGGUUCGCCUGGAAUCCGCUUGAUAAGAUUACAAGUCAUUUCGAUGUAAUUUCUUGUUCUGCUGCCUGCUACUGUUAGUGUAGGAUUGAAUUUGAUCGGUUUACAAAGCGGUGACCGUUGCUAACUGUGACCGGCAAAGAAAGUCCAAGAAGUUGAAGAAUGGCCAGGGCCGCGGGUGUGGCACGGAUGCACUUCCCUUCUGAUAUACCAAUUGUUGGUUGCGAGAUCAAGCCUUACGUGCUCUUUCGCCGACCCAACAAUACCGUUACCACCGAUGAUGUGACCCAGGCCGCUCCUCUUGAUGGUUACUUCUUGAGGUACAAGUGGUUUCGGGUAAAAAUUGAUAAGAAAGCUGCUGUGUGUAGUGUACAUCCCUCUGAGCUAGCCACGUUGCAGUGCAUAGCUUGUGUUAAGGCUAAAAUACCUGUUGCUAAAAGUUACCAUUGCUCUUCAAAAUGCUUCUUAGAUGCAUGGAAGCAUCACCGUGUUCUGCAUGACCGUGCUGCAAGUGCUGUAAAUGAGGAGGUAGUGACAUCUAGCUGUUCCAAUAGCUCAGGAUCUGGCAGCUCAACUGGUUCUGCGUCAAGCACUAGAUUGGGAAAUGUUUCAAAACCUCAUCCAGCUGCAGUUACGCAAAGGGAUGAUGGUGAAAUCUGGAUUGAAGUUGGAUGCUCUAAAACAUAUACACCAAAAGCCAACGAUAUUGGCCAUGUUCUCAAGUUCGACUGCAUUGUUGUUAAUGCUGAAACGAAACUUCAUGUUGGAGAUCCCUAUACUCUUUUGACAUCUCGUGUUAUUCCAGCACCUUCCCCUAGUCCUCGGCGCUUGAUCCCAGUAAGAAGAGAUGAUAUGUCGGGAAAUCUACAUUCAGAUGGUCGUAUUUCAUCCUCUGGAAGUUUUACUGUUCUCUCAUAUAACAUCUUGUCUGACUCAUAUGCCAGCAGUGAGUUAUACAGUUAUUGCCCUUCAUGGGCUCUUUCUUGGCAAUAUCGCAAGCAGAAUUUGUUGCGGGAAAUCGUUAGUUAUCGUGCAGACAUUGUCUGUCUUCAGGAGGUGCAAAACAACCAUUUUGAGGAAGUUUUUGCUCCUGAGCUGGACAAACAUGGAUAUCAAGCUUUAUACAAGAGAAAGACAAAUGAGGUUUACAGUGGAAAUAUACAUACAAUUGAUGGCUGUGCAAUAUUUUUCCGUAGAGAUAGAUUUUCACAUGUCAAAAAAUACGAGGUUGAACUUAAUAAGGGUGCUCAUUCGUUGGUUGAGAUUGCUGUUGAAACUACUCAGAAGAAAGCUGUUUCAGAUCGUUUGGUUAAUGAUAAUGUUGCACUAAUUGUGGUUUUGGAAGCAAAGUUUAGUAAUCAGGGAGCUGAAAAUCCUGGGAAGCGGCAACUUCUUUGUGUGGCAAACACACAUUUAAAUGUUCCACAUGAGCACAAGGAUGUUAAAAUCUGGCAGGUGCAUACUCUCUUAAAGGGACUGGAGAAAAUAGCUGCUAGUGGAGACAUUGCAAUGUUGGUAUCGGGGGAUUUUAAUUCAGUUCCAGGAAGUGCACCCCAUUCACUUCUUGCUACUGGAAAGGUAGAUCCAAUGCAUACAGAUUUACUGGUAGAUCCUCUUGGGAUUUUGCAACCUCGCCGCAAGUUGACUCAUCAGUUACCUCUGGUUAGUGCUUACUCGUCCUUUGUAAGAGGUGUUGGUCCUGGUCUGGAGCAUCACAGGAGAAGAAUGGACCUUUCAACCGGUGAACCUUUAUUCACAAAUUUCACAAGAGAUUUUAGAGGCACCCUAGACUACAUAUUUUACACAGCGGACUCGUUAACAGUCGAGUCAUUAUUGGAACUCUUGGAUGAUGGUAGGUCGAGGAAAGACACAGCACUUCCUUCUCCAGAGUGGUCCUCUGAUCAUAUAGCCCUGUUAGCUGCAUUUCGGUGCGUGCCUAGGCCGAGACGCUAGUGUCGUUAACUGUUGUGGUGGUUGGAAGAUGGCCAAGAAAUGGCGGAGAGGAUACAGAUGAAAAGUAGAAAUGUAAGAAUGGCACAGAUCAUGCUUCUACAUAAUUGUUUUUUCAAGGCAUCUCAUUGGGGGGAUCCUUGCUGUGAUCUGCUGCUUUGUAGUAAUAUGUUGUCACACAUCUUUGUUUCAUAGAGAAAUCAUUCUUUUUUGUCCA